GGGAGGUUUGUGUGUGAUGGGUGGAUGUCGCUGUCAGUUGUUGCUUCUUGGCGCAACUUGUCAGAUUUGAGCGGAAAUCAACAGUUUUGGAUGAGAAACCAUCAAAUGAUCUGAUCAGACAGACAGAGACAGAAGCGUGAUGUAGAUUUUAAAAGCGCCACCCUCAGAUGACAGCAGCUUGUUGAGUUUGCAACAUUAAAAACAGCGUUUGUUCUUCUGCAACUAUGCGUAAAUUUAAGAUGCCUUUGGAGUUUGUGCGUAAAAGUACGCGCUUCCCCGCGGCGGCGCACCACCAGCAGCAGCAGCAGCAGCACGCUCGCUUCCCGUACUCUCCUCAUCUUCAUCUUCAUCGGAUCUAGAGCUGAGCAGCUGAGCAGUUCAGCCGUCAACCCGUCUGAAAAUGGCUGUGCUGCUCCGUCCUCCCCGGAGGAGCUCCAGCCGGAUCACAGCCCUCCUUGUGCGCUCAGCGUGUGUUUUGUUUCUCGUUGUCGUCUGCGCUGCCUCCGCCGCGCGUCGUGAUGCUGUCGAGGGAAACAACGACACGUCUCAUCAUCCUCUAACUAACUCCACCGCUCACAAGAAGAAGCCUUUCCCCGUCCUCUCCUUCAACUACGACCACGUCAGGAAGCCCUUUGAGAUCUCUCUGUGGAUCCUGCUGGCCCUGCUCAUGAAACUUGGCUUUCACAUCAUCCCCACAGUGUCGACCGUUGUCCCAGAGAGUUGUCUGCUGAUCUUCGUUGGUCUGCUGGUUGGCGGCAUUAUCAAAGCCAUCGGAGAGGAAGCUCCCAUCCUCGACUCUAAGCUCUUCUUCCUCUACCUGCUGCCUCCCAUCAUCCUCGAUGCCGGCUACUUCCUGCCAAUCCGGGCCUUCACGGAGAACAUGGGCACCAUUUUGGUGUUCGCGGUGGUGGGGACUCUGUGGAACGCCUUCUUCAUCGGCGGGAUGAUGUACGGCGUUUGUCAGAUUGAAGGAGCCAAGCUCGCCGACGUGGACCUGCUGUCCUGCCUGCUGUUCGGCUCCAUCAUCUCGGCCGUGGACCCCGUCGCCGUCUUGGCCGUGUUUGAGGAGAUCCACAUCAACGAGCUGCUGCACAUCCUCGUGUUCGGGGAGUCGCUCCUCAACGACGCCGUCACUGUGGUCCUCUAUCACCUGUUCAAGGAGUUUUCCCACGCCGGGACUGUGACAGUUGUCGACGCUGUCCUCGGUGUGGUCUGUUUCCUCGUGGUUUCACUGGGAGGUGUCCUGGUGGGAGCCAUUUACGGCCUCCUGGGAGCUUUUACCUCUCGCUUCACCUCGCACACUCGAGUCAUCGAGCCCCUGUUCGUCUUCCUCUACAGCUACAUGGCUUACCUCUCCGCUGAGGUCUUCCAUCUGUCGGGCAUCAUGUCGUUAAUAGCAUGCGGCGUGAUGAUGCGGCCGUACGUGGAGGCCAACAUCUCCCACAAGUCGUACACCACCAUCAAAUAUUUCCUGAAGAUGUGGAGCAGCGUGAGCGAGACGCUCAUCUUUAUCUUUCUCGGUGUUUCCACGGUGGCCGGUCCUCACGCCUGGAACUGGACCUUCGUCGUUUCCACCGUGGUCCUCUGUCUCGUAUCAAGAGUCUUGGGAGUCAUUGGUCUCACGUUCAUCAUCAAUAAAUUUCGUAUUGUGAAGCUGACCAAAAAGGAUCAGUUCAUCGUGGCCUACGGCGGCCUGAGAGGUGCCAUCGCCUUCUCGCUCGGCUUCCUGCUGACCAACAGCGAGAUGAAGCAAUUGUUCCUCACCGCGAUCAUCACGGUCAUCUUCUUCACUGUCUUUGUGCAGGGAAUGACAAUCAGGCCUCUGGUGGAACUUUUAGCCGUGAAGAGGAAGAAGGAGAACAAGGGAUCGAUAAAUGAGGAGAUUCACACACAGUUCCUGGAUCAUCUCCUCACAGGAAUCGAAUGCAUCUGUGGUCAUUACGGACAUCAUCACUGGAAAGACAAGCUGAACCGCUUCAAUAAAGCCUACGUGAAGAAGUGGCUGAUCGCAGGCGAACGCUCCACAGAGCCUCAGCUCAUCUCCUUCUACAACAAGAUGGAGAUGAAGCAGGCCAUGAUGCUGGUGGAGAGCGGGAGCGCCGCCAAGCUGCCCACGAUUGUGUCGUCCGUCUCCAUGCAAAACAUUCAGCCACGAGGGCCGGCCAGACGUCGCGCGAUCCCGAGCAUCUCGAAGAGUCGCGAGGAAGAGAUCAGAAAGAUUCUGAGAAACAACCUGCAGAAGACGAGACAGAGGCUUCGUUCCUACAGCCGGCACGACCUGAUGCUCGACCCGUUUGAGGACCUGAGUGAAGUUCGCUUCAGGAAGCAGAGGGUGGAGAUGGAGAGGAGGAUGAGUCACUACCUCACAGUUCCUGCAAACCGUCAAGAGACGCCGCAAGUGAGAAAAGUCUGCUUCGAACCAGAACACCAGGUUUACACGUAUGAUGACAGCGAUAGCACCAGAGGUCCGAGGUCCAGCCCUCCCGAUGCCGUCAGCCUGUUGAGCGAAUCACCGCAGAGGCCCAGUCGGAGAGGGGACGGCGAGCUGAGGGCGAAGGACGAGCAAGAGGAGCUGAAACUAUCCCGCUGCCUUAGUGACCCCGGUCCAAAGAAGGAAGAGGAAGGAGACGGCUAAUUCAUCUCAUAAUAAUAAUAAUAAUAAUAACAAAGCACAUAUUUACAGUCCAGAGAGCAGAGGAUGAUUCCUGAUCUCCUCGUGGAGUCUGCUGUAUGUGAACGGGAGUCACAGCAAAGCUCGAUAUUUUUAAAGUGUUCUUUGUUCUGUUUUUGUGAUAUGAGAUUUUUUUUUUGGGGUAUGCUUGUUUUUCAUAUGGAUUUUUUUUUAUCAUGUAACACAUUACCAAAGCAUGCACCACUGGCCAUUUGAACAUCUGUCAGGAUUUGACAGGUGUCAGCAUUUUGUGUCUUUAACAUGCAGCCUCAAAUAGUACAAAA